UAAAAAUGCAGAUAUUUGACCAUGCGUCGUCAAAUUUCAAUUUACGUGUUAGACAUAUACUUAAGCACGCGCCACAUGUCUUGAGCUGUAUUAAGUUGAAAUAGACACAGAGCUGAUAAUUUUGAAAUGUUCUAACCUUAUUUGAUGUAAAAGGCAGGUCCAAAAGCCGAUUUGAAGUGUUUCUGUCACCAUUCGUUGCACAUAAAGCAGAAGUUUGCUAUUGUUUACACAACGUCCGAUGUACAUCGCCAACUGUCAACUUAUUUAAUGGUCGAAUACCAUGAAUCUAUGACCCUCUAUAGCGUGAAAUUUUGCAUUUGUGCUCUGCUUUCCUGCUGUUAACAUUUUAUUGUUAUAGGGUUUAGCGUAAACAAAAGAAUUGGUUCGAACGUGGACAUAAUUCAGAAAAUGCAUUUAUGCUUUCUCUCAGGAGAUGGGAAAAGCAGUUCUAGCCCAGCCUGUAAGGCAUGUUGUUAUUCUGACACAGUUCGUGUUGGUGGGUUGGUUUGUGACGUUUGGUUUGUGCUGUUUGGAAGAUGCUCAUCCGGGGAAAUGUACCUGCAAGCCUUUUGGCCAAACCCGGAUCAUUGUAACGUGUACAGGGAUUAAGCAAGUGCCACGUGAUUUACCGUCCAAUACGGCACAGUUAAAUCUCUCGGCAAAUCAUUUGAAGUCGAUAGAAGAAGACGCCUUUAGAAAUCUAACAUUACUUAAGGCCAUAGAUCUAUCAAGGAACAGCUUGAAGUCUAUUCCACAAAACACUUUCCGUAAUCUGAACCUACUGACAUACAUGCAAGUAGAGUUAAUCUGA